CAUUCAUACAACCAGAGGAGACGUUCUGGCUUGCUUCAUCAAUCGAAACAUUUGAAUUGUUCCAGGGCGGUUCGUGAUGUACAUGAUUCAUGAUGAGUGAUGCAAUCGUACCCAUUCCGACAAUGUCCCUGUCAUCAUCUGCACCCAUCACAAUGCCGGAUUCAUUCUUGACAUGCACAUCUUCUCGGCUCAGUCCUGGAAGAAGGAAGCUCUGGAACGCUUUCGCUUUGGAAUCGCCCAAAGGUGCAGAUAACUCGGCUAUGUAUUGUCCCGUGAGCCGGUCUGUUUUGUACCGCGGGUUGCAUGGAGAGGGUUGAUUAUCUAUGCAGUAGCCGGCAACCCUGCCAUAUGUGCCU